CCCAGGGUGAAACUAAUAGAUGGAAAGCAAUUAAAAAAUGGAGCGGAUAAGAUCUGUGAAGGAAGUUGUGUAUUUUCUUAUAUUUCUUAACUUGGUAGCAAGUUGCAGUCCUAUUAGCGCAGCUUCUUCUUCCCAGAUCCCAGCUGGGAAGAAGCACUUUGUGUUAAUUCAUGGAGCCGGACACGGAGCGUGGUCUUGGUACAAGGUGGCGACUUUACUGAAACACUCGGGUCAUAAUGUAACGGCUCUGGACUUGGGAGCAUCUGGAAUCAACCCGAUCCAGGUUCAGCAACUCCCUUCGCUCUCCGACUACGUUGAACCGCUGACGAAGCUCAUGGUGUCUCUGCCACCAAAGGAGAGGGUUAUUCUGGUGUCUCACAGCAUGACUGGAGCUACAAUAGCAGUUUUCAUGGAGAGGUUCCCUGAGAAAAUUGCGGCAGCCGUGUAUGUCUCUGCCUUUAUGUCGGGUCCUACUCUCAAUUACUCCACCAUUUUUACAGAGAUAAACAAACGAUUGGAUUAUAUGGAUUCUGAAUAUAGAUAUGAUAACGGGACCAACAAUUCUGCAACCUCCUUUCGCUUUGGGCCUAAGGUCUUGGCAGCAAGCUUAUACCAGCUAUCUCCAGAGGAUUUAACACUAGGAUUGUCGUUGGUGAGAUUUUCUCCUCUAUACAACUACGAUCUUAUAAAACUCACUGAGGAGAAAUAUGGAUCGGUUCCGAGAAUAUUCAUCGCGGCAGAUCAAGACCAUGCAAUAGUUUUAGACGUGCAAAAUUUCAUGAUCAAGAAUAAUCCACCAAAUGAAGUGAAAGUGAUCAAUGGUGCUGAUCACAUGGUCAUGCUCUCUAGACCCGUGGAGCUCUUCUCCCACCUCCAGAACAUUGCUGAGAAAUAUUCUUAAGAAGGAGCAUCUUGCAAACUACCACAAGCCCAUAAUUUCCUAAGAAAAUAAAACCAUUAGCUAGGUUGGUCUCAAUUCUUAUAUAUAUCCAAGAGUUUGUAUACCAAUUAGCAAAGUGCCAUUUCAACAAAAUGAUAAGAGUGUGUGAAAUAUCAUAGUGGGCAAUUAAUGGAU